UAAAAUGUUAUUUUAAAUUAAUAUGUGAUCCUCAAUUUUAAUGAUGAUGAUAUUUUAUUUUAGAUUAACAUUUGAUUUGUAAUAAUAGCUACUUGUCCGUGCAUCCAGGGAUACAAAGCAAAAAUAAAAAGAAAUGGUUUGAUACGGGUCAUGAACCGAAUUCAGAUUCGAGCCCAGGCCCGAAUUUGUGUCGUGUCCAUACCUCAUAAUCAGCACAUCCCUCACAGUAAAACUAAAACCUCAUUCUUCUGUUCUGGGGUUUUGUGUGCUGCCGAUUUUUCAGACGGCCGAAAAUUAGCUAAUUAGAGUGAAAAGAAAAGAGGAGGCCAGAAGAUGGUGAGAAUAACUGCAGAUUUGAUUUGGAAAAGCCCUCACUUUUUCAAUGCCAUUCGCGAGCGAGAACUGGAUCUUCGAGGGAACAAAAUUGCUGUUAUAGAGAACGUCGGUGCUACUGAGGACCAGUUUGAUGCCAUUGAUUUAUCCGACAAUGAGAUUGUUAAGCUUGAAAACUUUCCCUUCUUAAAUCGCCUAGGAACUUUGUUGCUGAACAACAACAGAAUUACUCGCAUCAAUCCCAAUCUCGGAGAGUUUUUGCCAAAACUGCACACUCUGGUACUCACUAACAAUAGGCUAACUAACCUGGUUGAAAUUGAUCCUCUUGCAUCUCUCCCGAAGCUGCAGUUCCUUAGUCUGCUCGACAACAACAUAACUAAAAAACCGAAUUACCGGUUAUAUGUCAUCCACAGGUUGAAGUCUCUUCGUGUUCUAGAUUUCAGGAAAGUCAAACAAAAGGAGCGACUUGAAGCCAAGAAUUUGUUUGCAUCUGAAGAGGCUGAAGAAGAAAUUAAAAGGGAAUCUGCCAAGACUUUUGUACCUGGUGAGACCCCCAGCACCCAGGAACCUGCAAAGGAGGAACAGGCGCCUAAACCAGUUGCUCCUACCCCAGAGCAAAUUUUAGCUAUAAAGGCAGCCAUUGUGAAUUCACAAACCCUUGAGGAGGUGGCGAGGCUUGAACAGGCACUCAAGUCAGGCCAGCUUCCAGCUGAUCUGAAUAUUAGUGAUGGUGACAGUGCGCCUAAAAGUGGAAGUGAUCAACAGGAUACUAUGGUUAUGGAUGAAAAAGAAGCAGAUAACGAACCUAAGGAUAAUGUAUCUGAACAAAAAGGAGAUGAGCCUGCAGAAAUGGAUGAGGAAUAGGUGGAUCCAUGCUAAAAUUUGACGAUUCACAACACUCCUUUGCCAUGAAUGCGGAAAUUGUUGCUCUGUACUGGUGUUGUAUCCAUUUUAUUUUAUAUUUUUCUUCUAACUAGAGUUUUCACAGAAAUUGAUGGAGAAGGAUAAUCAGUUAGCUCCCGCUAGCAAAGUAGAUAGACACCUUUUUUGCUUUGCUGUGAUAUUAUUCAAUGAAAUUUCUUUUUGCUGUAUCGCAUGUAUUCACGCCUUUUCAAUUCGAUUUGUGUGUUCACUUCAUAUCUCCCAGUUUGGACGGCUGUAGAUUACUAUUAUUACUAUUGUUGGGUACAUAAAGAAUCAGAUGUCCGGAACCAAUACAAUUGUUG